AAUCGGAUUGAUUAUUUUAUAGGGGACCUUGUACAUAGAUUUUUAUUUGGAACUUUUGAAACAUAGAACAACAAACCAGAGGAUUUCAUCAUCAAAGCCAAAGACUAUAUCAUUUUUUACACAUCGUCUAUGCUGAGAUUUGGAAAUAAUGAUGAAGUACAUAAGUUGAAGUAAGCAAGCCUCGUAUUUCAAGACCAGAGAGAGCAGUCAGUUAAGUUUGGGUGCAUUUGUGCCAGUAGGUUUCCUGGUAUUGAUUUGGGCCACCAUCCAUCAAUUGAUUGUUCUAAAUAAGUGAAUUGGCAUUCUUCAAUGCAACCAUCUCAGAAACAAAGUAUUUCAACUGGUUCUCACAGGUUCUAUGAACAGCCAGUGGAAGAGCCAGUGUCCUAUUUUGUGCCCCCCAACCAGAAUUUUGAUCCUCAUUUAUGCUCUGACGAUAACAGCCAGGGAACCCACCCUUUGGUUCCAACUUCUGAGAACUACUGCACCCUUGAAUCAUCCUCAGGAACCAGUGGUUACUUUGUUCAAAAUUCUCCAUCUACUGUCAGUUUCUCACCUAACGGAAGCCCAGCUUCGCAACCAGAUUCUCAAUCAUUCCCCACAGACCAGCAUCAAUCCCCUGACAACACUUAUGGCUCACCAGUCAGUGUAUCUUGCUUGUCAGAUGAUGUCGAUGACCUGAGGCACAAGAUAAGGGAACUAGAAACUGCUAUGUUGGGACCUGAUUUAGAUACACUUGACAGAUACUCUAAGACAAACCCUGUUGGACCUAAUCAAAUUCCAUCAGAAGCAGAAAAGUGGAAGCAAAUGAUGGAGAUAAUUUCCGGAGGGGACUUGAAAGAUGUGCUUUGUGCUUGUGCUAAAGCCAUAGCAGAUAAUGAUAUGUACACAGCUGAAUGGUUGAUGUCAGAGUUACGUCAGAUGGUCUCAGUUUCUGGUGAGCCAAUCCAACGCUUAGGAGCUUACAUGCUGGAAGGGCUUGUUGCAAGGUUGGCAUCUUCAGGAAGUUCUAUCUAUAAUGCUCUUCGAUGCAAAGAGCCUGCCAGUGCUGAACUUCUCUCAUACAUGCACUUCCUCUAUGAAAUCUGCCCAUUUUUCAAGUUUGGCUAUAUGUCUGCAAAUGGGGCAAUUGCAGAAGCUAUGAAGGACGAAAAUCGCAUCCAUAUAAUUGAUUUUCAGAUUGCACAGGGCAGCCAGUGGAUCACCUUAAUCCAGGGUCUUGCUGCAAGGCCCGGAGGACCUCCACAGAUUCGUAUCACGGGCAUCGAUGAUACCACAUCAGCUUAUGCCCGGGGAGGGGGCCCUGAUAUUGUAGGGAAGAGGUUAUCCAGGCUGGCCGAGUCAUGUAAGGUACCCUUUGAAUUCAAUGCUGUAGGAAUUUCUGGUCCUGAGGUUGAACUUGGAGACCUUGGAGUUCGACCUGGUGAAGCCAUUGCAGUGAAUUUUGCCUUCGUGUUGCACCACAUGCCAGAUGAAAGUGUGAGCAGUCAGAAUCAUCGUGACAGGAUCUUGAGAUUGAUUAAGAGCUUAUCUCCCGAGGUGGUCACUCUUGUUGAGCAAGAAUCUAAUACCAACACUGCCCCAUUCUUUAACCGUUUCCUUGAGACACUAGAUUAUUAUACAGCAAUCUUUGAAUCUAUUGAUGUGACUCUGCCACGGGAGCACAGGCCACGGGAGCACAGUAUAAAUGUUGAGCAGCACUGUCUGGCUCGAGAUAUUGUUAACAUAAUAGCUUGUGAGGGGGCUGAAAGAGUGGAACGCCACGAGCUUCUUGGGAAAUGGAGAUCACGGUUUAUUAUGGCUGGUUUCACGCCUUAUCCAUUAAGCUCCCUAGUGAAUGCUACGAUCAAGACCCUUCUGGAGAACUACUGUGAGAAGUAUACACUUGAAGAGAGAGAUGGAGCACUAUUCCUGGGCUGGAUGAAUCGAGUUUUGGUUACCUCCUGUGCGUGGAGGUGAAACCAUGCAUUGCUUGAUGCAUGUGUGUAGACCUUGGAGUGACAACCUAAGGUAGAAAGUUUCUAGUAAUAAAUUUUUUCUUGGAGUUGAAGAACAAUACGCAUUACUUAUUGUAUCAUCUAGUAAUAAAUUAACUUUUUGUUUAC